AUGCUCGGCUCCCUGGGGGCUCCGGGCUCACGGAGCUGCAGCGCUGGGCCAGCGGUUGCGGGUCUCGCAGCUCGUGCAAGUGUGGGCCCUCUUCCCGGAGCGCCCCAGCACCGAGGCUGGGCGCUCGCCUCCGCGGAGCAGUUUUCCGCUCCCACCAGGUAUGUUCUAGAACAGACACAGGUUGCCGGCGCCGUCCACCAGCUGUCCCGAACAUCCGUUACAAAUCUCUGCGAGGGACGAAAACAUCUGUUCGGGCAGAGGCUGGAAGCCGAGGCGGCGGGUGCGGCGCCGCGGGGAGCACCCCACCGCGGCGCAGCGCCAGGGGAGAGGGUCCCUGCAGGUAGCAAAGGAUUUUCCAGCCCGCAGGCACCGCAAGCCGAAGGGCACCGCGACGCUGCCCGAAAUGCGCGAGAGUGUCUGAGCUCUGGGACCUCUGGGCUCAGAAAGACCCUCACGGGUGCAUGUGGCCACAGACCCGGGAGGAUCAUUUCCUGGACCAUCCGCGUGCACCGACAGUUCGUCCCUGGGCCGUUUCUCGCCGCCUCUGCCCAGCAGCAGUUGGCCUCGCGGUUCCCGGGAGAGCCGCCACUUUUCCUGCCACGUUCGUUGGAGUCGAGCGUGGGCAGCCUCUGUAACUUCCCAGGAUCUCAACACUCACCCGAAAGAAAUGCCAAGGUAGGGUUUGUGGCUCAAACCAUUUCUCCCUCUCCAAAUCGCUCUCUCCCCCUCUCGCUCUUUCCCUGCCCACCGCCCCCCCCCCCCAGGCCACUCUCCGUCUACACUGGCCGCAGGGGGAGCCCACCCCACCUGGAGUCGCUCCGGGACGCUCUGUCCCCCCGGCCGGGACACUGCGUGGGGGCAGACGAGGCCCGAGAAGGCCGGCGGGCUUGCUGGCACCUGUACCCUCGCGUGUAGAAGCCCGGGGAAGCACUCUGUGCACCUCCACCCCUGGCUACAUCUUAAGAACGUUUCCUUUCAGCUUCCACUCUGCGGAAACCUAGGUGCCCCGUGCAGGCUCCACCCCGCACCCCCGCCGCGUGUUCCUGGGUAGAACGCUUUGCCGUAAAUUUUGCUAAAGCAGGGAAAGCGCGGGGCGGAUGCGGAGGGCGCAGGGCGCAGGGCGCAGGGCG